GUAUAGGAGAGGAAGGCCCGGACCUGUUAAAUUGGCACUGUACCUGGUAGGGAAGAAGGUAUAUAUCUUUGGGACAUAGGUACCUGUGCGAAUAGAUGACUGGAUAUCUGCUGCAACAGAGGAAAGAGAACAGAAAUGUCUGUGUAGUACAGAAACAUUCUCCUAGCUUGUGAUGGAGUCUUAAAUUUUGUUCAGGAAUUGUCUACUGGCUCUUUCUUGAGAUGUCAUCCCUUUCAGAAUAUGCCGUGCGAAUGGCUCGCCUGAGUGCUCGAAUAUUUGGAGAAGUUGCCAGCCCCACUGAUUCCAAGUCCAUGAAAGUAGUAAAGUUAUUUAGUGAACAGCCUUUGGCCAAAAGGAAGGAAACUUACGAUUGGUAUCCCCCUCACAACACCUAUUUUGCUCUCAUGAGGAAACUCCGUUUCUUUGGUCUUUACAGAGAUGAACAUCAAGAUUUUAAGGAAGAGCAAAUGCGACUAAAGAAGCUUCGUGGAAAAGGCACACCAAAGAAAGGAGAAGGAAAACGAUCAGCUGCAAAGAAAUAGUUUGGGACCAAUCUUUGGACCAAUCAGUGACUGAGAUCAGAAAGAAGUACAUAUGCUGGAUAUUUUCCCACUCUCUGCAGUAACACAGCUUUCCUAAAUUGAUGGUUAUUAGUCCAAGAAUCAUCCCUCUCACCUCAUCACUCGUCAUACUGGAUUAGGAUUGGAUUCUUGAACAUGUUUUGGCCUUGAUGGUUGUGUGCAUAUGUCAUCUAUUAUAUUCUCAAAGGAAUUAGUAACAUGUAAAUGUUUGCUAAUUUUCUAGCAAAAAAAAAAUCCUCACUAAAUGAGCAUCCUGUGGUUGCUUCUUUCUACCCAA